UUGCUUUUGCUAUGCCUUUGCAGCAGGUGUGAUAAAAUGGUGAUAAAUACAGAGGGUAAAAAUAUCAUGUAAAUAUCUUAAGUCUUAAGUUCCAGUUCCACUGUUGCUUGCAUAUUUACAGUGAUAAAAGUUUCUAAUUUUAAAGCAUAUUUUAAUGUAUAAGUAAAAUGGCAUCUGAAUCUACUAACGGCAGAAUUAUACAAGAAAAUUGUAAUAAUACAAAGAAACCAAUCAUUAAUUUAUUUCCCAAACAAGGAGAUUGUUCAUAUGUUUCUUGUUAUUGUGAAGAAAAUGUGUAUAAACUCGUAGAAGAAGUAACCAAAGUACAUCCGAAUGAACUCAACAAAUGUUUUGUUGUUUUUAUAUCGAAUCAGAGCAGAACUGUCCCACUUUGGAGACAAAGAGCUGGAAAGAAUGAAGAUCAUUUAGUUAUUUGGGAUUAUCAUGUUUUAUUUCUCUAUCAUCCCGAGCCAGAUAAAUGUUUAGUUUAUGAUUUAGACUCAGAAUUACCAUUUCCUACGUAUGUUCAUAAAUAUGUGACUGAAACUUUUAGAACUGAUCAUAUUUUGAAGCCAGAUUAUUUUAGAUAUUUUAGGGUUAUAGACGGGUCAGAAUUUAUAAAACACUUUGCCUCUGAUAGACGUCAUAUGAAGAGACCAAACGGGACGUGGAUCAAACCGCCUCCAAACUAUCCAGCCAUAUGUACACCAGGGUCCAUCCAUAACCUUGAAGAUUAUAUCCAAAUGGAUGGUGCCAAAGGACCAGGAGUAGUCUUAAAUCUCACUCAGUUUGUCCAGAGGUUUUAUAAACCAGCAACAUAGAUAAAUUACUGGUAAAUGUUGGAAUUUGUCAAUUUAUUGUCCUGCAUCAGUUGUAGGCUAGAGAAAUUUUUCAGUUGAGAUUGAUUAAUCUUCUGAUUGCUUCAGUAUUCAGUGAUGGAAACACUUCUGCACUUUUACUAUCUUUCCGAGCAUUUUAUCAGUGUUACAUGUAAUAAUUGUGGAAUAGUAUUAAGGAUAAUAUUCAAUGUUAAGUGUAAAGUCUGCAUCAAAGGGAUUACUUUUAUUUUAAUUUGAUUUUAAUGCAUUUUUCUUUAAAAAUGAUAUGAAAUAAAAUCUUCCUUUAAAAAAUAA